GGGGUUUCUGCCACUCUACGGUACACGUGGCCAGACCUUCAAAGGAAAGCGGGCCGUACUACAAAAUUAGACGUGGAACCAAGAUCAACGAGUAUCAGGAGGCAUUUACAGAUUUCAUCUUCUUUUCCGGCACAAAGUCGUUCAAGUGCAGUCAUUGCGAGUAUGUCAAAGGGAUCAGGAGGCGGUCGCCCGAGCGUGCAAGUACUCGGCAACACACUAUCAAAUGGCACUUUUGUUCAAGAUCAUACACGCUCUACGCCGAGCUCGAGUAGAAGCAGAGAGUCUUCUAGCUCUAAUAAGGUUCACGUGAGGCAUUACACGCGAGCAAAUGGCACGCCUGUUCAAAGCUACAAGCGUGCUCCACCAAGUGCUAGUGGAAGAAGAGCAUCUUCUGCAGGGUCAAGUCAUUCUGUCUCUGUUCCGUUCCAAGUGAACGUUAACAUUGUUCAGAUAAGAAUCGGGAGUUCUCAUGAACAGAUCGAUCUAGCAGAAGGAGCAAGAGGAUUUGGUUCUAGCUAGACCAGCUACUAUUGGUGAAUGCCUACUAGCGAUGUUGCAUGAUGAAACACGAUCGCCAAUCAAAUAGAAAUUAUUUUGCGUGCGAUCAAGCACAGCGUACACUUCGAAUUCGAUGACAUGAUCGCUCUAGAUAUAUAAUAC